CACAUGGUUAAGGGGGCGUUCGCUGAGAGACGAGCCCUUAUCCGACUGGCUAGAAACGGGAAACAUGAAGUUAAGUAGGCGUACCCAUGAAGGGGUAAAGUCGAUAGCGAUUGGCCGUUGCCGAGAGACUUGGAGUUAAGGGGGCGUAUCUCUACAAGGGGUCUUGCGCGGAUAGUUAGCGGCUCUCUCGAAGCCGCCUGGAGCUUUCAUCGCACCUUGAGCCCCCUGGAGCCGUACACCGCGGGCGGGCGGGGUUUAGCCCUGCUCGGCAUGUUAUCUUUAGACGUCUUUCUUUUAUCCUUGGGCCUUUUGCUUUCUCUCCCAAUGACAGUUCGCUGUUCUUCCUCCUCCUCGGGAUGCCGGCUGAAGACGGUGACUGUAUCCACGCUACCUGCUCUGAGGGAGCGCGAGCUGAGUUGGAGUGGGUUCGCCUCAUCACCGCCUCUAGGACCCGCGGAUUCACGUCUUCCGCUGCACAUCCACAGCGAGGCGCCCGGGAGCGUGUCCGUGAGGGACGACUUGCACAACACUGAGCCACCCUUCUUCACUCUCGAGAUGUCAGGUAGUAUUGAAGACCUCUCUCUUGUGCAUUGGACCCAGCAGUGGUUGGAGAAUGGAUCUCUUUUUUUUCAUGUAUCUCUACGCCGAAUGGAGCUAACCUCCAGUAGCACCCCACCAUCCAUGCAAGAAUCCCCGCAGGAACUAGACGAGCAGUUACAUGUUCUCCAUGUGUCUGUCAUGGGAGGACUCAUUGCACUGUUGAUGCUUCUUCUCAUAUUCUCUGUUGCCUUAUAUGCUCAACGGCGGUGGCACAAAAGGCGGAGGAUUCCACAAAAGAGUGCCAGCACAGAGGCGACUCAUGAGAUCCACUACAUACCAUCUGUACUUUUGGGACCCCCUUCACGAGAAUUUCAUGGAUCCCGAUUACAGUCCCACAACUCAGUCUUGGGAAUGCCUAUAAGGGAAACCCCUAUUCUGGAUGACUAUGACUGCGAAGAAGAGGAUAUACCAUGUUGUCAUGAGAGAGGUGCCCAAGUUGUUGAAUACAAAAACCAUGUCAGUCAGGAAAGAGAAGAUGAGAAGAAUGAAACAGAGAAGAGAACUCCAGUUGGGUUCCGGCGGUCGGAAGAAGAAUCGGGGUCAGAAACAGGGGACGAAACACAGCUGACAAUUAGGGAAGAACAGUACAGAAAUCAGAGGAGAAGCAAAGGUGUGCUGAAAAGCCCUUUAAACCGGACAGCCCUGACACUGGUCGGGGUGAGUGCCUGUGUGUUGGCUGUUGUGUGCGGGCCACAGCUGUCCUGUCCGCUUACUGUGAAGGUCACGUUGCAUGUGCCAGAGAACUUCAUUGCAGAUGGGAGCAGCUUUGUGAUCAGCGAGGGUAGUUACCUGGAUGUGUCUGACUGGUUAAAUCCUGCUCAGUUGUCCCUCUUCUAUCAGGUGAACUCAAGCUCACCUUGGGUGCAAGAUCUUUGUGGCCAGAGAACAACAGAUGCCUGUGAGCAAAUAUGUGACCCAGAGACUGGUGAAUGUAGUUGUCAUGAAGGUUACUCUCCAGAUCCCACUCAUCGGCAUCUCUGUGUACGUAGUGACUGGGGACAAAGUCAAGGACCAUGGCCAUAUAACACUCUGGAGAGAGGAUACGACUUGGUGACUGGGGAACAAGCUCCAGAGAAAAUCCUAAGGUCUACAUACAGUCUGGGGCAGGGUAUCUGGCUUCCUGUCAGUAAAAAUUUUGUGGUACCCCCAGUGGAGCUGUCCAUUAAUCCACUAGCAAGCUGCAAGACAGAAGUCCUUGUGACUGAAGACCCUGCUGAUGUACGAGAAAAUGCCCUUUUGGCCACUCACUUUGAAAGUGUUGAUGAUCUCCUGUCAUCCUUUGGGCCAGUGCGAGACUGCUCACUCAGCAAUGGCGGCUGUUCACGUAACUUCAAAUGUGUCUCAGAACGCAAAGUUGACUCCUCAGGGUGUGUGUGCCCUACAGGUCUUAGGCCCAUGAAAGAUGGAAGUGGCUGUUAUGACUACUCAAAAGGUAUUGAUUGCUCUGAUGGGUCCAAUGGUGGAUGUGAGCAACUUUGUCUUCAGCAGAUGGUCCCUCAUCCACAGGAGCCGAAUGAGAGUGCUAUAUGCAUGUUCUGCGGAUGUGUAGAGGAAUACCGACUAGCGCCAGAUGGCAGGUCUUGUCUGCUGCUCACGGAUAUAUGUGAAGGCUCCAAGUGCCUCCACCCUGAGGAUCAUCUAAACGAUACAUUGUUUGGAGAAAUGUUACAUGGACAUGACAACAAGACCCAAAAAGUAAACCAAGGACGAGUUUUCCAGAUGAGCUUCCGGGAGAAUAACUUCAUUAAGGAUUUUCCACAGCUGGCAGAUGGGUUGCUGGUAAUCCCUCUCCCUGUGGAGGAACAGUGCCGAGGAGUAUUGUCUGAACCAAGGCCUGACCUACAGCAGCUUACAGGAGAUGUGAGGUAUAAUGAAGCAUUGGGAUAUCCCAUGGUGCAGCAAUGGAGGGUGCGGAGUAACCUCUACAAAGUGAAACUCAAUUCCAUCUCACUGUCUACAGGAUUCACCAGUGUGUUGAAGAUCCUAAGCCCUCAGAGUAGCAGAGAAGAAUUGCAGAAUGUCCUGCGUCAAUAUGGCUCCCACUACAUCUCAGAGGCUUUAUAUGGCUCAGAGCUUACAUGCAUUAUCCGAUUUCCCAGCAAAAAGGUGCAGCAGCAGCUGUGGCUUCAGUACCAGAAAGAAACCACAGAGCUGGGCAGCAAGAAAGAACUCAAUUCUAUGCCUUUCAUCACAUAUCUGUCUGGGCUCCUCACUGCGCAAAUGCUGUCUGAUGACCAGCUGAUCAUGGGAGUAGAGAUCCACUGCGAGGAGAAGGGGAGGUGUCCAUCCAGCUGUCACCUUUGUCGAAGGGCAGGCAAAGAACAAGUUAGCCCAACCCCAGUACUUUUGGAAAUCAACUGGGUCACUCCGCUCUACAGCCUCAUCCAUGACAAUGCUACAAGAGAUGCCCUCCGAAGUGCAUUCAUGAGUUUGUAUUGGUGCUCAGGAAAUGGAGUAGUUAUUGAAGACUGGUGUCGAUGUGAUUUAAGUGCCUUUGAUGAUAAUGGCCUCCCAAACUGUAGUCCUCUUCCUUCACCUGUGUUACUCCUUUCACCAAACAUGGAACCCUCUAGCACUGUUGUAGCUCUGGAGUGGUUAGAUGUGCAGGCACCAGUAGGAACCAAAGUCUCUGAUUACAUACUGCAUUAUAAAAAAGUGGAUGAAUAUACAGACACAGAAUUAUACACAGGAGAAUCCCUGAGCCUUGCUGAUGACUUAUUAUCUGGUUUGGGAACAUCAUGUGUUGCAGCUGGGAGGAGUCAUGGGGAGAAGGCAGAAAACAACCUCUACUCUGUCAUCUUUAAGUGCACAGAAGCAGACAGUCUCUACAAGUUCACUUUGUUUGCUGUGGAUACACAUGGGAGGCACUCAGCCCAAAGCUCUGUCACUCUUCGCACUGCCUGUCCGCUGGUAGAUGAUAGUAAAGCUGAAGAAAUAGCAGAUCGCAUCUACACCCUGUACAAUGGCUACACCAGUGGAAAAGAGCAGCAAAUGGCAUACAACACAUUAAUGGAGGUGUCAGCUUCUAUGCUUCUACGUGUUCAACACCAUUAUAACUCUCUUUACGAGAAGUUUGGUGACUUUGUCUGGCGCAGUGAGGAUGAACUUGGACCCCGGAAAGCGCACCUGGUAUUAAGACGACUUGAAAAAGUCAGUGGACACUGCUCAGGCCUUCUGCGGAGUGCCCACAUCCAGGGUCGCAUAGACACCAUGCCUUAUCUAAUCUGUCGUAGCGAAGACCUCCGGACCUCAGGAUUUAUUUGGUACAAUAUUCUGAAGGAUAACAAGGUGACAUGUGAAGAAAAGAUGGUGCCAAUGCCUCGUAAUAUGUACGGAGACUCAAAAGGCCGAUGAACCAGCCAUUUCUAGCCUACUCUGAAUGGAGGCUGUUUGUAGCAUUGAAGGUCAUGCAGGGUCAAGUCAUUAACAGCCAAGAUAAAGUCAAGCAACAAUGUGACUUUUAUAAUACAGAAACAAAGGUGCUGUUGAGACUCUGUAUACGUUUUUAAGAGUGAAUUUUUCCCCAAUUUUUAUGUUUUGUUACAGUUCCCGCUAUCAGAGGCUCUCCAGAGUCUGGAAAGGCCCCAGGCCUAAGAAAAAUACCAGACUGAAUAACUGCAACUAGAGAAGCUUUACCAGCUAGUGUGUUUAGAGGCACUGCUACCAAUUGACUUCCAGAGAUGGAGUUUUUCUUUUGAAUUUUAUUUUUUCAAACUAAUGUGGAAAAAGAUGCAGGAAACAUAUUUUUUUUUCUUUUCUCCUAACAAACUCAGUACUGUGUGUGUAGAUUUAUACCAGGCACUGACAAGCUCUGUUUAAUUAAACAUCUUCCUCCCAUACAAAACAGUUUGCGUUUUCUGGGUUAUUGAUUUUUUUCUGGGUGAUGUUUUUAGAUUAGAUUAGGGUUCACUUGCAAAUAUGAAACCUACUGGAGUUGUGUAUCACUGGGUACUAUGGGCAAGUAAGUGCAAAUCACAAAAAAAUCAAUUUAUGCAAACAAUUGCACUGAAUGCACAAUUAUUGAAAUAGUGGGGCUGCUGAUCUUAUUCUAUACAUAUAACAUGAGCUGGGUGCUAGUGUAUCUAAAGAAAAAUAGAAAUGCAAUAUCUAGUGUUGUUUUUCUGCAAAUCUGCAUUCACAGUUACUUUUGAAAUAUCCAUUUGUAUGUUGCUGUUGGUUGUUCUCAUGCAUUAGACAGAGGAUUUAAUGAAUGUGCAUGAAAUACAGGUAUGCAAUCUGUUAUCCAGAAUGCUCAGGAUCUGGGGUUUUCUGUAUAAUGGAUCUUA